UAUUGACGCUUUCUGAUUUGGUGGUAACUUUGCUAAAGAAGCACUAUUGACUUACUUUAUGUUCACAUAGAACGGAAUAUUAUUUCUGAACUGUAGUACAGGACUUAAAAUGGCAGGAGAAGAUUCCUAUAUUAUGGGUGUGUCUGAUCCCCAAAUGUUUGCAAUGGAACAGUUCAUGGGAAUGAAUGCAUUAUUUAAUAAUACAAAUUACAUCACAUCAGACCUACCACUACGAACAGAUGGACCAUAUCUUCAAAUCAUAGAACAGCCAAAACAGAGGGGGUUUCGUUUCCGAUAUGUAUGUGAAGGGCCUUCACAUGGUGGACUUCCUGGUGCUUCUAGUGAAAAGAACAAAAAAUCAUACCCUCAGGUCAAAAUCUGCAAUUAUGUUGGACCUGCAAAAGUAAUCGUCCAGUUAGUUACUAAUGGGAAAUACGUACACUUACAUGCUCACAGCUUGGUGGGUAAAUUUUGUGAAGAUGGAGUAUGCACGGUUAAUGCAGGACCUAAAGAUAUGGUUGUGGGGUUUGCAAAUCUUGGAAUACUUCAUGUCACAAAGAAGAAAGUGUUUGAAACUCUGGAAACACGGAUGAUAGAUGCUUGCAAAAAAGGAUACAACCCAGGACUGCUGGUACAUCCUGAACUUGGCUAUCUGCAGGCAGAAGGAUGUGGAGACAGACAGCUAACUGAACGAGAAAGAGAAAUUAUUCGUCAGGCAGCAGUACAGCAGACUAAAGAAAUGGAUCUCAGCGUGGUGCGUCUUAUGUUUACAGCCUUUCUCCCUGACAGUAAUGGUAGUUUCACACGGAAACUUGAUCCUGUUAUAUCAGAUGCAAUAUAUGACAGCAAAGCUCCCAAUGCCUCCAACUUAAAAAUCGUAAGAAUGGACAGAACAGCAGGGUGUGUAACAGGAGGGGAAGAGAUUUACCUUCUCUGUGACAAGGUUCAGAAAGAUGAUAUUCAAAUACGUUUCUAUGAAGAGGACGAGAAUGGAGGUAUGUGGGAAGGCUUUGGAGACUUUUCUCCUACAGAUGUACAUAGACAGUUUGCUAUUGUUUUCAAAACACCCAAGUAUCGAGAUGUCAAUAUUACAAAGCCAGCAUCUGUAUUUGUACAGCUGCGUAGGAAAUCUGAUCUGGAAACAAGCGAACCAAAGCCUUUUCUCUACUAUCCGGAAAUCAAAGACAAAGAAGAAGUGCAAAGGAAGCGACAGAAGCUCAUGCCAAACUUCUCUGAUGGCUAUGGUGGAGGCAGUGGCACAGGAGGUGGUGGCAUGUAUGGAGGGGGAGGUGGCGGUCCUGGCUCAGGGUUCAGUUACCCUUCAUAUGGAUACUCUGCUUUUGGAGGGAUGCAUUUCCACCCUGGCACAACAAAGUCCAAUGCUGGAAUGAAACAUGGACUAUCAAAUAGCACAGCUGAACAAGAUGGGAAGAGCUCUGAUAAACAGAGUGACAAACGGGAUGUGAAACACAACGUGGAAGUGGAAACUCUGGAGAAGAAUGAGUGCAGAACCUCUGGUGAUGAGAAGGAGGAUGUUUCUUCCUGUAAAACUGAAGUAACUGAAGCAGAUUGCAGGUGGCAGGAUGGUCUGUUCCUGGAGAAGGCCAUGCAGCUUGCCAAGCAUCACUGCAAUGCUCUCUUUGACUACGCUGUAACUGGAGAUGUGAAGAUGCUGUUGGCUGUUCAGCGCCAUCUCACUGCUGUCCAGGAUGAUAAUGGAGACAAUGUCCUUCAUUUAGCAAUUAUCCACCUUCAUACUGAGCUGGUGAAAAACCUCUUGGAAGUGAUACCUAAUUUGAAUUAUAAUGACAUCAUUAACAUGAGAAACGACCUUUAUCAGACCCCCUUGCACCUGGCAGUAAUCACAAAGCAGGAAGAGGUGGUAGAAGACUUGCUGAAGGCUGGAGCAGAUGUCAGCCUUCUGGAUCGCCAUGGUAAUUCUGUCUUACAUUUAGCUGCUACUGAAGGAGAUGACAAGAUUUUGAGUCUACUCCUCAAGCAUAAGAAGAUAACGCCAAUGGUCAACCUUUCCAAUGGUGAAGGUCUCAGUGCAAUUCACAUGGUGGUGAUAGCAAAUAGCAUGUCCUGCCUCAAACAGCUGAUUGCUGCUGGAGUUAACGUCAAUGCUCAGGAACAAAAAUCUGGACGAACUGCAUUGCAUUUAGCUGUUGAGCAAGAGAACAUCCCUUUGGCAGGCUGCCUUCUGCUUGAGGGUGACGCAGAUGUGGACAGCACUACGUAUGAUGGGACGACUCCUCUUCACAUAGCAGCUGGAAGGGGCUCUGCAAAAUUGGCAGCAGUGCUCAAAGCAGCAGGUGCAAAUCCGCACGUUGAGAACUUUGAGCCAUUGUUUGAUCUAGAUGAUGUGAAAGAUGAUGAAGAUGACGAUGAAGGGAUUGUGCCUGGAACAACACCAUUGGAUAUGGCAGCCAACUGUGAGGUGUAUGACAUACUAAAUGGCAAACCCUACGAGUCAGCAGUGGUUUCAGAAGACUUACUGACACAAGGACAUUUGAGAGACCUGAAAGAAAAUUUCAAGACGCAGCUUUACAAGCUAUUGGAAUUGCCAGAUCCAAACAAAAACUGGUCCACUCUAGCACAAAAACUAGGUCUUGGCAUACUUAAUAAUGCCUUCAGGUUGAGCCCUUCCCCAUCAAAAACUCUGCUAGAUAACUACGAGGUUUCUGGUGGUACAGUUCAAGAGUUGAUCGCUGCUUUGAGACAGAUGGGUCACACAGAAGCCGUUGAAGUCAUUCAGAAAGCACUGUCCGUCUCACAAAGCCUGUCUAACCUGGAGGACAAUACAGCAAAAGCUCUUCUGUUGUUAUCACCACCUACCUUUGCCAAUGGAGAGACAGGUGAGCUUUAUAAUAGCAAAUUUCAAGACAAUGAAAGCAUGUGUGACAGCGGCGUGGAGACCUCCUUGCGCAAACUGAGCUUUGCUUAUUCAGACUCUCUGAACAGCAAGUCAUCAGUAACACUUAGCAAAAUGACCAUGGGCUAUGGACGUGAAAGUUCAGUGCAGAGCAAUUAUAUAGCCAACUAGCAAUAUUCAAUUAGCAGUGUGCAGUUUCAGGAACAAAUGUGACAUUUCAGAUUACAUUGCUGCCAUCCUGGUCCAAGGGAAGUGAAUUCACAACCAAAAGCUUGCUGGAGGAACCACACACAAACCUGAACCAACAGCAGCUUCAGCCUGUGACUCCCAGCCAUUGCUUUCUUCCUCAAGUACAUUUAAUUGUCUUCAUUUACAAGCCAUAUAUGGUAACCAGGGCUCUGCUGCCACAGUAAUACACAGGACUGGACACUGUGAACGACUGAAGGAGCUUUUCUGGUUUCUGAGAAUUUUGUUUCGUAGAUGAAAGUCACUCCUUGUUAAUGCAUACCAACUCAUUUAAUAAAAAGAGGUAAGGCACACAGAGCAAUCAACAGAUACAGUUUCUAGCUGCUCUCUGCAUAAUUUUUGCAGCACAGUUGCAAGAAAGUCUCAUAAAAUAGCUUGUAAAGAAAAUCCAUGACUUUAAUCACAACAAUGAUAGAGAGAAAAGAGAAUCCUAAAAAAAGAAUUGUGUAUAUUUCAAAUAAUGUAUUUAAACUUAACUUUGGUGCCUCUUAUUCAAAAAAUUUUUCAAGUUUGGCAUUUUCCUAUUGUAAAUAGUUUUUUUAAUAUCUGUUCCUUUUUAAAAAAUGUGCUUUUUAAAUGCUUAUUUUUAUUUUACUUUUUUAAUAAAAACCCAAAAUGAAGUCUUUUGUCUACACUUGUAUUGUCUACACUGAAGAUUUAUCAUUUUGGUUUUAGGUACAAGAUCAUGCUGAUUUCUAAGUACUAAAAUAAAUACAGCGUUGCAAGCCACCUGUCUUAACGUUUAAGGAUCUAUUAUAGUGGGAGACUAAGAGUGUCAGUUAGUGCUGAGCAGCUGUGCUUUGGAACUAAAGCCUCUGACUCAGGGUCUCUUUUAGUUCUCAUAAUUAUGGCAGCAGAGAAUCAUUUACGCUGAAACUAACUAUUUAGCAUCUCAGCAAAACUCUGAGACAGUUCUUUGGACUGUCGAGAAACUCCUCUACUGUGUUCCUGAGCUGUAUUUCUUGUUGCAUGUGAAUUCUGAGAUAGUGAGUGUAACUGUUAAGAUGUUGGCCCUGCUAAGGAUACAGAACAGGUAUCAGAUUUCAUGAUGAAAAAGCAAAGAGCUGCAUUUAACCACUGUCACUCCCUUGUAGCCACUUUUCUUGGCACAAAGCUGGAGGUUGACAGUGUUGUUCUUGGCUCAGCUCAGUGUUCAGUAACCUGGGUGUCACUUCUGAGAAAAUGAAUCAAGAUAAACCUUUAGAAUUGUUAGUUUAGAGCAGUAGUUGCUGUAAUGAAUUAAACCA